AUGAAAUUUAUGACUAUCAAUUUUCUAGAUAUGCGUGUUUGUUCGAUACGAAAACUAUUUUAUAUUCGAUAUGCCGGCAAACGACAUCGUUAUAUUUUUCAUAAAUUUACAUUUGCUCUCAGUUUUAUCGUCUGUUGCUUUUCUCUUUCAUCUAUAAUCUAUAUUAUUUAUUUAACUCCUACACAUGAUCCACUAUUCGGUACUUAUAAUUCAUGUUUGAUUGAAAAUUUACUAGCUUAUUGUAUGUCAGACAGUACACCUUGUCGUCUAGAUAUUGAUAAAGCAGUUGAUCAUUAUUUUAAAACAUUAAAAAAUAAAUUUUCAAUGUUAUUAACUUAUCAUCCAAUUAUUGAUUGUGAAAAUGGUCGUUAUUUAUUAUUAAAUGAUUCUUUAACAUCACAUGUUUGGCAUGGUACUGGUUCACAAUUAAUGUGGUAUUUAGGUAUUAUAAAUAUAGCCUAUUCAUUAAAUUUAACAUUAAUACAUUUAGAUUGGGGUGCAGAACAUACUGAUCAAGAAAAUAAUUUAGAUAGAGAAAAAUACUGGCAAUUUUUUGAUUGGGAAAUUCCAUAUUCAGCUUAUCUUUCAUGUCCAGAAAAUUCAUCUGUUAAACAAAAUAUAUUUAUAUAUGAUUUAAUGUGGAAUCAAACAUAUGAUCAACAUCAUUUUGGUAAACAACCAUACACAAUUAAAUCUCAUUUUAAAACAUUAUUUGAUAAUUUUACAAAUAAUCUUAAAAAUAAUAGUAAAAAUAUUGAUAAGAAAAAACAUAAUGGUUUUACAUUAUUUUCAAGACAAACUUUUACAAUUACAUCAUCAUUAAUGGAAACGGGUGUUGUAUUUGAAAUUCGUUGGUGGUUACAACAUCGUAAAUUAUUUAAUGAAUAUACUGGCGUUUGGGCAGGUAUACCCGUUUUAUCAAACUACUUACCAACUGAUUAUUUUCAAUAUAUCAUUACAAAUAAUAAUACAAAUAAAAGUACAAUAACUAAUGACUUAAUUCAAUCUUUUAAACCUAUUCAAUGUUCAUCAAUUAAUGUACAUGAUAUUUUGUUGAUUGGAGUACACAUACGUCAUGGUGAUGUUAUAAAACGAACGCGCGAAGGUCGUAUUAGUUCAAUUAUGCUUAAUCGUUAUGUUGCUAAUUCAGCUUAUAUACCAUUAAUAAUAUUUAUUAUUAAUGCUCUUCCACUUGAAUUACGAGCAAAAAAUAAUUAUUUAAUUACAAUAUAUAGUGAAGGUAUAAUAAAUGAUUUUAAUGAUAUACUAAUUGAUUUACAAAAAGCAUUACCUAAUUCACGUUGUCGUUUGUCAUUUUUUUUAAAUGGUCGAACAUCUGAAACAUUUAAUCGUUUAUUACGUGAAGAUAUUUUAAUUGGUGGAUUAAGUACAUUUAGUAUGGCAACUGGUAUAUUUAAUAGUCGACAAUUGAAAUUAAUGCCGUAUCAUAAUCAAGCUAGAGUACAUGGAAUGAGAAAUUAUUUGAGUUUAGGUUUAAAUAAAGAGCAUACUCAAUUUCGAAUAACAAAGGACAAACAACAUUUAAUAAGGCAAAGAAUAGAAUAUGUUUGGCAACAAAAACAAGCACAACAAAGUACGUCUACUCCAUUGUGGCUAAAUAAUUAUUCACAAGAUUAUCCAGAAGAAUACAUGUUGAUUUAA